GAAGUCGCCACUCAAACGCUGAGGCGGAAUCAUCAUGGUGAAUGCAAAAGCGCAGAAAGCAGUCCAAGAGUCGCUCGACAGCGUGACUAGCGAUCCCAAGACCGGGAUUGCUGGCAUUGUCUUCGUUGCAGUCGACAAGAAUGGCGACCAGAUUGCUGCUGUACCGUCGGGAAAGAAAGGCCUGAGCCAUCCGCAGCCAAUGGAUCUUGACACGGUGUUCUGGAUUGCCUCGUGUACAAAGCUACUGUGCACCAUCGCCUGUAUGCAAGCAGUAGAGCAAGGACAACUUCAACUAGACGAUGCAAAGCAGGUUCACUACCUGUGUCCCGAGCUGAACAACAAGAAAGUGCUCAAGGAUGACGGCACGCUCGAGGACAGGAAGAACGACAUCACGCUUCGGAUGCUGCUGGCGCAUACGGCUGGUUUCGGCUAUGAAUUUUUCAAUGAGAAACUUCGGGAGCACGGACGGCCUGUCGGUUACGAUGUCUUCCAUGGCGAUGUGCGAGAUGUUCUCCGAAUGCCGCUCGUCCAUCAGCCUGGCGAAGCAUGGGAGUAUGGUACUGGCAUUGACUGGGCGGGUAUCGUGUUGGAAAGGGCGACUGGAAUGCGGCUCAAUGAUUGGAUACAAGAAAAUAUUGUGAAGCCGCUUGGUCUCGACGCCGUCAACAUGUUCCCGACUCCUCAUAUGAAAGAGAAUCUGGCGUUCAUGCACCAGAAAUGGCCAGGUGAUGGCACGAAGAGCGAGGAAAGAGACCACAUCUACCGAGAGCCAAUCUUGGCCGAGACGGCGGAGGAUCGAGCGAGACUGUUCCACAGUGGAGGAGCAGGGGCUUAUGCGAAGCCAACACAAUAUGUGCAGGUCUUGGCUGCACUGCUGAACGACGGCCAGAGUCCCAAGACGGGCGCACGAAUCUUGAAGGCGGAGACGGUGGAGAAGAUGUGGGAGAACCAGAUUCCGCAAUGGCCCGACUUCGCUCGGCAGGGCAUUCCGGACGCCAAGAAGGAACACACCAAUCCGAUCGCGCACCUCUACCCCCAAGAAGGCGACCCGCCGCAGGGUUGGGGCUUGAGUUUUAUGAUGACGCACGAGCCCGGGGCCACGGGCCGAGGUCGAAACACCGCCUGGUGGGCUGGACUUGCGAAUCUGUUCUGGUGGGCGGACCGAGAGAAGGGAGUGGCGGGCAUGAUCGCAUCGCAGAUUAUGCCCUUCUGCGAUGGAAACGUGCUGGGCCAAUGGGUCAAUUGCGAAGCGGCGGUGUACGCGUCGCUAUGAAUAUUCUAAUGCAGUCGUUCGGUUCUGUGUUUCGCUUGCGCCUCCAUUGUGCCUCAGGGCUUCCUUCGUAUAUCAACUCUGCAUAAUUUACGGUAGACAAGUGGAGUGCGAUAUGGAAGGCAUAUGGAAGGCGGGUUCAUGUGAAUAAACAAAUAUCCAUGCAUGGAACAGAGAGCCCCGUCUCGAGGUCAUUCUGCC